CAGCCCCACAGCCCCCAACCCGCCCGCCGCAGGGCCUGCGAAAGUCGCGCCGAGCAGGCGCCGCCGGGCAGCCCCGCCGCUGGGGUCCUCGCCGAGAAAAGCCCGUCGCCAUGGAGACGGGGCGCACGCCGGCUGCCGUUAGGCCGCGCAGGCACAGUAGAGGGCGGUUUAGAGGACCCGAGCUGCGGCUCCCGGGACCCAGUAGCACUGAAGGCGAACGCUUCACGGGCGCGUGAUGCCUCGGCUCGGCCACCACAGUCAGCGUCUCAGCCCUCGCGGACAGGGCGCCGGCCUACAGCCAACUCCGAAAGAGCAAGUCGCCUAGCGAGGGCACGGGGAGGGGCCUCGGGCCGCCAGGGUGUGUGGGAGACAUCCGCUUCCGGGGCCGCGGCCAUCGCAAACCCUGGCUGGGCAGGCCUGCGGAGCUGUACGCGAGAGCUGACCCCGGUCCCUCCUGUUCCUGAGUCCUGGCCGCCGUCGCUCCGCCGGCCGCCUCCUCAACCAGUCAUGCUGGAGCAUCUAACCUCGCUGCCCACGCAAAUGGAUUACAAGGGCCAGAAGCUAGCUGAACAGAUGUUUCAGGGAAUUAUUCUUUUUUCUGCAGUAGUUGGAUUUAUCUACGGAUACGUGGCUGAACAGUUCGGGUGGACUGUCUAUAUAGUUAUGGCAGGAUUUGCUUUUUCGUGUUUGCUGACACUUCCACCAUGGCCCAUUUAUCGCCGGCACCCCCUCAAGUGGUUACCUGUUCAAGACUCAGGCACAGAAGACAAGAAACCAGGAGAAAGAAAAAUUAAGAGGCAUGCUAAAAAUAAUUGAUUGGGGUUUUCAUGAUUCAUCUUUACUACUGCACCUGCUUUUGUUUUGUGUGAGAUGAGCUAAACAGUUUUCAUACCCCAAACAUGAGCUAAAAAUCACCUAUGCUCAGCUGUGUUCAAAUUUUGUUCUCUCUACAUUUCACUUCUCAGUUGGGUUUUGAUUUAUAAAUAUUUUAGACCUUCUCUUCACAGUCUUUGUCUGAAAUGGAGAACAGAAAACACAAGUAUGCAAAGUUUCUUUCAGGUCUACAAAAUAAUGAAGAAUAAAUGCCUCAUAAAUUAUAGUACAAUUAAACUACCAAAGUUUUAUAAUUCAUUAUGAGUAGUCAGUCUGUUUUAAUGUUUUCAAUUAAAACUCACAGUGCAAGUCAA